AUGGCUGAAGCCCUACUAUCUACAGCUGUGGCUGCCAUUGAGGAUCAGAGACAAAGAAUCCAGUCUAACUUCAAGAAUUGCCACAGUUUUCUACAUGAGAAGUCUUGCCUUUGGAGGUUGGAGACUAAAGAACAGGUGCUAAGGAGACUAAAAGGCAAUGAGACCAAUCUACAACAGAAGUAUGAGAAUAUUGAAAGCCAAAUUCAGGAAAAUACUACAGAAGGGGUCAGGGUAUAUAGAGCUGACUGUAAUAUAACAUCUUCUGUUUCUCCUAGGUGUGAGGCUAUGAAACUAGAAACACUGAAGGUUGACUUCCUGAAGGUUCAUACUACACGUAAUGUUUCUGAGCUAUACUUUGAUGUGAAGACAAUGUUGAGACACCACUAAGUCAGUGUGACUCUGGACCCCAGCACAGCCCAUCAGCUGUCUAAAGAUCGAAGACAAGUGACUUACAGACAAUGCCACAAGAAGCGUGGGGCUUCUGCCAAGAGAUUUUAUAUUUUACCCUGUGUCCUGGGCAGUAAGGACUUUACUUCAGGUAGAUAUUACUUCGAAGUGUCUGUUGAGAAUGCAACCACUUGGGAUGUGGGAGUAUAUACAGAGGAUGUGUGGAGGGGCUUUGACAUGAAGAAUGAGCCCGAGUUGGGAUUCUGGACCACCAAGAUGUGUGAAGAGGAUGCCCUUGUAGCUCUCACUUCCUCCCCUAAUCCCCUUUGAGUGAGAAGCCCCCAGCUUGUGGGAGUUUUUCUAAACUAUAAAGCUGGAUCUUUUUAUAAUAUAAGCACUGGCUCCUAUAUCUUAACCUUCCCCUUCCCCAAGGAUUCCUUCUGGGAUACUCUGAGGCUCUUUUUCCAGAUUUAUGAAGUUUCUCCUUUGUUUCUGCCUGCCAGAAAUGAUCAAGGGAAGAGAUAA